CACUGCGGGCAAUAGUCUGUAGAGGCAGGCAGCAGGUGAGAUUGCAAAGGCACUGUGCCGGUUUCAGGAGCUGGUCAGUGCUGACCUGAGGCAAAGCAGGCGGGACACCUGCCAAAACUGCAGAUUAGGUUUUGAUAUUGUUUAAAGCGUCAGUCACAUGUUCACAGGGCCAUGUCUCCAUACAAAACUGUCCUUGUGGUGCCCAGCGCCUGAAGAGGAUUAGACGCGAACCGCGAACCGCGAACCGCUCUCCGGGCACAUUAUACACGGUGCAAGCGGUCUGGAGAUGGGACGUCUCACCUGUUCUAAAGUCUGUCAAAGUGUUUCAUCUGAACAAUGAAAAAUAAUGAGUAGAAGGGCAGUGAAUGGACCCAUUUUAACUGGAUGCCAAACUUAUCAAGAUUUGACAGGAGUGCAGCAGGGGUACAGAAAAGCUGGAGUUUGUUUUGAGCAUCUGUCAAAGGAACAUGGAAGAGGUGAGGGAGGUGAAGUACCGGAGUCAGAAAGUGAAGGGAUAUGUCAACCCACCAGAUGGAGGCUGGGGCUGGAUGACUGUAGUCCAUUUCUUUCUGGUGAACGUGUUGGUAAUGGGAACACUGAAAACCUUUGGGAUUUUCUUUGUGACCUUGCAGGAAGUAUUUGGAGCUUCCUCGGAACAGAUCAGCUGGGUCGGCUCCAUUAUGUCCAGCCUCCGUCUUUCCGCAGGUCCAAUUGCUUCGGUUGCUUGUGGAAAGCUGGGAGAUCGAUGGACUUCGAUUCUGGGGGCUAUCCUUGUGAGCGCAGGAUUUCUUGUUAGCAUCCUGGCUACCAAUGUCAUCUUCCUUUAUGUGUCUCUUGGUGGUGUUGUUGGAAUUGGCUUUGCUUUUCUCUAUCAAGCAGCAACUGUCAUGCAUGCAAAAUACUUCAAAAAAAGACUUGCUACUGCCUACGCCAUCGCAAGGUCAGGAAUGGGCCUGACAUUUGCCCUCGCCCCUUUCACACAGUUAUUGCUCGUGGAAUAUGAUUGGCAAGGUGCUUUGCUUAUUUUGGGAGGUAUAAUGCUGAAUCUUAUUGCUACUAGCAUGUUAUUGAGGCCAAUUUAUCUCCUGGAAAGCCAGCCUAAGCACUCGGAAUCACCUUCUAAUGUGAAAACACUCAUAAACCCACAGAACAGUCGUUUCCAGAAUGGAACAACUAAACAAGGUAUCUUUGAGAACCAUUCAGAAGGCUGUUUAAUCUCUGCCAACCCCACAGUGAGUCAUUUGGCAAUUGGUCACCUUGGUGAUUCUAAGAACCAUGACAGCUGUAUCUUGACUGACGACAGCCUAAGCAUCAAUCCAUUGCGAGUGGAGACAGAGUCCAGCAUCACACAGGAGAGCAAAGCUUUUUUGGAUAAAGUAACUUUCAGAAAAACUCAUAGUGAGAUCGUUGAGUUUUCAAGCAAGGACAAGGGAAUGCAAAGCCUCCCUCCAAAGGAGAAGCUUCUCGACUUCUCACUAUUAAAAGAUCCUUUCUUUUGUAUUUACACAUUCUCAGUGAUGUUCAGUCAGUUAGCAUACUUCAUUCCGUACUUUCACCUGUCGGCCAGGGCCAAAACCUUGGAUAUAGAUGCGAUGGACGCAUCCUUCAUCAUUUCUGUUGCAGGUAUAACGGAGACUGUGGCCCAGCUUGCAUCAGGAUGGAUAGCUGACCAAAACUACGCCAACAAAUUCCAUUAUCACAAAGCCUAUCUUCUCCUAUGCGGCCUGUCCAACUUGUUGGCUCCAAUGGCGACAACCUAUGCCCAGCUGAUGGUUUAUGUCGUGUUCUUUGCUGUUUUCUGUGGUGGAUACAUGGCCCUGCUGCUCCCAGUCCUGGUUGAUCUAGUUGGAGUGACAAAAGUGAGAAUUUCGUUGGGAUUUUCAAUGUUUUUUGCUGGGAUUGGCUGCUUGACUGGACCUCCAGCAGCAGGUUGGCUAUAUGACUACACACGGACAUAUGACUGUUCCUUUUACCUGGCUGGCAUCUGCUACAUCUUGUCUGCUGUUCCUCUUUUCCUGGAGCCCACAGCACGUAGAUACAAGACAAAGAAACAAGCAGAGACUCAGACGGUGAAGAUGGAAACAAUACCUAAUGUAGCCUGUAUAGCAGAACGCCAAAAUGGACAAAUUAUUGUUCCAUCUGAUGUGAGAACUGAGAAGCUGGAGCAUAUCAACUCUGUAUAAAUAAGACUGCUUUGUCCAACAAGGAACUUAAAAAUAUUUAAACUACAGUAGUGAAAUCUUGUCUGAUGUAAAUUCAAGAGCCUAGGGCUCUGAGCAGAUUGUACAAGAGCAGUUAUUUUGCAUCAAAAUAAAAAUAUUUUUUGAUGCAAUUCUUUGGGGAAAAAAAAAAUUAGUAGUUGUGAAUUUUUUUUGGUCAUCACA